UUUAGACAGUCCUUUUGUGUCUCAACAAACAGAAAAUUCAUUAAUUAAUUUUAUUUCUGAUUCAUUAAAAUUAUGAAAACAUUUUUAUUUUUUGCUCUUGUCGCUCUCUUUAUUAAUUUAACUGAAUCAGCUCCUCUUAGUUCAUCCGAGUGUCCUGCUGAAAAAAUAGAUCAAAUUGGAGAAUGUCUGAAAGACCUUGUAUCCACUGUGGAGAAAAUCACAAGAUGGGUGGAUCAAGAAUAUAAAUUUGACAAAGAAGAAAAGAAAGAGUUCAGAGAAAAGUGCUUAGAAACACAGAAAUGCUUCAGCUCAGUGAAAACCAGUUGUCCAGACUUCCCAGAAGCCGUCACCAACGAGCUUGAUGUCAUGUGUUCCCGUUUCAAUUUUAUAAUUGAAAAGUUCACAGAUUGUGUACCAAAACUCAAUAAUUUAACAGAGAUCGAGUGUGUCAAUGAGGUAUUCGGACCGAAAUCUUUAAAAAAAACAUCCAAUGAGAAAUGCGAUUCAUUAAAGGAACAUAGAGUUUGUGCAAGGAAAGAAGUUGAAAAUGCAUGUGGUGAUAAAAUGGGAAAGGUUUUAGAAGAGAACUUCGACGUCGAACUCAAAAUGCACAAAUGUUGAUCUCAUUUAUGAUUAUAUUUUUAUUGUUGCUCAAAGCUCAAGUAAAUACUCAUUGUUUGACUUUUGAAAUUCAAUUUUUGCCGAAAACUCCCAGAAUAAACAUGUCUAAGCUGGUUG